UGCUUGCGUAUCAUCAAAUGUCAAAUUAUCAAUAGCAAAGUUUUCAAAACAUUGCCAAAAAAGUGAAACUGCGAAGUUAAAUGCUAAUUAUCACGAAAUAAACCAUUUUUUCAAUAUCUUUUUGGUUCGCGUCGCAGUGCGGUAUAAAUUGACAUAGUUUUCCGAUCAAAUUCGGAAGCCUAAAUCGCAAACGAUGUCUGAAUCUUACGAUUAUCUGUUCAAGUUUCUCAUUAUCGGCCGUGCUGGAAGUGGAAAAUCGUGUCUGCUGCAUCAUUUCAUCGAAAACAAAUACAAAGAGGACAGUUCUCACACGAUUGGGGUUGAGUUUGGUUCUCGCAUCGUGAAUGUCGGCGGUAAAUCCAUAAAGCUACAGAUUUGGGACACAGCCGGCCAGGAGCGAUUCCGUUCGGUCACACGAUCCUACUACCGGGGAGCCGCUGGAGCUCUGCUGGUGUACGACACAACUUCCCGCGACAGUUUCAAUGUACUGUCGAGCUGGUUGAAUGAUGCCCGAACACUGGCCUCGCAAAAUAUCUGCAUCCUGCUGGUUGGUAACAAGAAGGAUCUUGAGGAAGAACGAGAAGUGACAUUCCUGGAGGCGAGUAACUUUGCACAGGAGAACGAGUUGAUUUUUCUGGAGACGAGCGCCAAAACUGGCGAGAACGUAGAGGAAGCAUUUCUAAAGUGCUCGAAAACUAUUUUGGCCAAGAUUGAGACCGGUGAGCUGGACCCGGAACGGAUUGGCAGCGGCAUUCAGUAUGGUGACACAUCGAUGCGCGGAGGAGGAACAGGAACCGGUCUGGCGAGUGGUGGUCAGCAAAGUAGCGGAAGACGCCGAACGCCGGAUUGCAUUGGUAGUUGUCGUCCGUAGAGCUACCGGAUGAGAGCAUUUAUGGUGCGAAAGACGAAAGCUGUUCUGCUUACCUACACAACUUUCUCUCUAUUGUGAACUAUCGAAAUUUGUAGAUUUUAAUGGACUGUCCGAGUAGAGUGACGGGAAAAAAUGGUGACUGGUUUGCCGAUGAUCUGGAGAUGACUGUGGAAGACAAAAAUAGUAUGCUAUAAUUUGAAUUUUCUCCCUUUAUUAUUGAUAUUAAUCCAUACGAAAAUUUACAAUGUGUAUGACAUUACCGCGAAGUACCGUCUGAUUUAUGCAAUCAGUUAAAUUACAAUCUCGAAUUUGUGAUCCUGAGUUUCCGGGCUAAGAAAAUUAUUUACACUUGCACUGGACAUUCGUUCGAUUGCGGAGAGAACAACUUUUAUCACUUGCCUUUUUAGUAUUCAUUCCUUACUUUCAAACAUGAACUUAUAUUCCUUAUAAUAGCAGCUCUCGAUUAGGCAACAAAACUACACUGAGAUAUGUUGAUUGUUUGAUGUAAAUUAAGAAUAAAUUGUGUAUCGUUCGAAGAGAAAUCAAACUUUGAAUAACUUUAAUUGUUUAUUUAAACUACAAUUGAUAAUUGUGAAAGAAAUAUGUUCUAAACGUCUUUAGGACUAGUUUACCGA